AUGUCGCCGGUACCGCAGCUACGGCAGGUCCAGCUCUGCCAGCAGCCACCGUGGAAUUUCUCCUCUGGGAUUGCGCUAGGCAGAAUAAAUGGACCAUUAAUUGCACGGAGCCCUCCCGUGUGUGUACAUAUAUAUAUCAACAGAGAUGUACAGCAUGCCCUGGAGAAGGAUCUUUCUGACAAAAACUCAGCCUAUUUUAUUGAUGAGAAGUGCUUUAACCUGAGGAACACAUUGGGCAGCAUCAACUUUUACCAUGGAGUGGAAAAAGCAGCAGAGACAGUUACAGUUCCUGCAACAAAUUCCUGAGCUAAAUUCAGUGGAGACAACAUCAGGUGCUCUCAACAUGCAGGGGCCAACUCUGUCCUGCCCUGAAAGGAUGCAGAGGUUGGACUGGAGUGCACAUCUGAGGAGAUGUGGAAUCAUUUAUUCAGCAGUAACUUAGCCUUUAAUAAUCAUGUUGCUGAAGUAUCUGAUGCAAAGAACAAACUCCAAGCACAACUGGCCAAGGGUCAAAAAGACUUGCACAGAGUCCAUCAGAGGAUGAACUAUGGGCAAAUGGAGAAACAAGAACGUGUCUAUGACAUGACAGUGAAAUGUGGAAACAUGGAUGAAAAGGGUUUAGAAAAACUAACAGAGAGGCAAAAUAUUAAAGAAGUUUAUGAAAUGAGGAGGCACAAGGCCACUGAAGUUUACACUAUAGAUAACAUCAUACAGGCCUUCAAGUGAUGUCUGCAAGAAGCACAUGACACUCUGCAGAUACUGAUCCUCCACAAAUCAAUGCCAGAAGACAACAUUUCUGUGAAGGCAAACUCCCUCUUCAUUGACAAGAAGUGUACAGGAACAUGA